GACAGAUAGAUAGAUAGAUAGAUAGAUAGACAGAUAGAUAGAUAGAUAGAUAGAUAGAUAGAUAGAUAGAUAGAUAGAUAGAUAGGCUAGUAUAGAGAGAGAUAGGCAGACAGCCAGAUAGCAUAACGUUAGCAUAGAUAGCUAGCAGCUAGAUAGAUAAAUAGAUAGAAAUAUAUAGUAGGUAGAUUGACAAUGGUGAACUACUGUGUUUGUGCUGGGUGUAAAAACUCCACCCAAACAGGACACAGGGUCCAUGGCUUCCCUAUAAAGGAUAAGGCAACCCUCAGACAGUGGGUACAAUUUGUCUGUGUUAGGCAGGCAAAUUUUUCAAUGACCUCCGUCACCACAAACUCGAAGAUCUGCAGCGUGCAUUUCAGGGAGGAGGAUAACGACCCAGGGGAUAUCAGGAUGGCUUCUCUUGGGCUGAAGAGGCUGAGCCAGGUACAGCUUAUUCCGACUGCCGUGCCGUCUGUGCACACGCACCUCUCUGCCUGCCCUGCCCCAAGACCGAGAAGCACUAACAUCGGUGCCGCCCGCCGCAAGCGAGAGCUGGCUACGAUGCCUCGACGCAGGAGACAGCAGACAGUGUCGGUGCUACGAUAGAUGACCCCUUGCCCUCCUCCUCCACUUGUGACACAGUGACACAAUAUAAUUUGAAGCCCCCUGGAAUGUCUCACGAGCUCAAAGGUCCCCAACAGCUCUUGGUGUGAGCUUGAGGGGCUCAAGCGCAGCAUCAGCUUGCUGAGGAGGCAGGACUUGCAUUUGUCAACCCUUAUCACAGACAGACAUCGCCAGGUUGCUAAAUGGGUGAGAGAAGAGCUGUGCCCUGAGGGAACACGGCAUUAUUUUGAUGUGUGGCACGUUGGAAAAAGUCUGGAGAAGGCCUUGGAUACAGCCUCAAAAGACAGGCAGUGUGACCAGCUGCAGUUGUGGAGGCCAGCUAUAGUAAACCAUCUUUACUGGACUGCAGCCUCAACCCCAGAUGGCAACUCAGCUGUGAUGGAGGCCAAAUGGAGAAGCUUGGUCAAUCAUAUCCAGGACAUCCACGACCAUGACACCCCUGCCUUUUCCAGUUGCGCUCAUCCCCCUCUGGAGGGGGAUCAACGUGAUAAAGAGUGGCUGGAACCAGGCUCAAUGGGAGCAAUAAAACUGGAAAGCAUUGUCACAAAGACAUCCUUACUGAAGGAUGUGAGACAGCUGUCUCCACAGCACCAGACUUUCUCCCUUGAAGCCUUCCACUCCCUCAUCCUACACUUCGCGCCCAAACACACUGGAUUUUCAUACCUGGGCAUGUAUAGCAGGCUUCUCUUAGUGGCACUACAUUAUAACUUCAAUGCAAACAGAGAGACAGCACGAAGAAGUGAUGGAACGGAGAAGUUUUGCGUGCGAUACCCACGUUUUAGAAAAGGUGCCUGUGUAGUGCGUCCCAUCAAAGAGAAGGCCUCGUACGGUUAUGCUACAUCUUUAAUCGAGGCCCUUUGGGAGAGCUACACACAAUCACCAAAGGCUCUUCAAGAGCCAAUCUCCAAUCUGUCAGCCUGUGCACCCGCCCCCAUCGCCAAAUCAUUUGAACAAAUUCCUAAGGAGGAGGCCAUCAGCCUCUAUCUAGCCCAGCAGUCACGCUACAACAAAUCUAAUUAACUUUUUUUUUUUUUUUUUCAGACAGGUCCAAUCAUUUAGUUGUAAGUAUUUAUUUUUGUUGUUAGUUGUUUUAGUUGUAGUAGUUUUAUUCCUUCCUGUCUGUUCAUUUGGUGGUGGUUUUCUGCAUGCCGCAUGUUUUGUUUUUUCUUUGUGUGCUAUUUAUUGCUUUGGUUUUUUACUUAGUUGUUUGCACAAGAUCAUUCCUUUUUUGUCUUUGUAAGAACCAUUAAUCGUAGCUGGUGGUGGGACCUUGCCGCUGUUGUGCCUACUCUGUGUGCUCCAUGUGGUUUUACAAGGGGUUCUGCAUGCUCCAUGUUUUGGGCUCUGUCUGUGUGCUGUGGUUUUCUUUUUCUUUUGUUUGCAUGAAAUUUAUUUGAUCUAAUUUAGAUUAACAAAAAUUUACCAAUCAUUGUACCUGGUGUGUGCUUUUGUCUUGAGUCACUAUGUGUCUGCUCUAUGUGCUUUUGAUAUCACUGCAUGUAUGUAUGAAUGUAUUUUGUGUGUGUGUGUGUGUGUGAGAGAGAGAGAGAGCAAACCAUCAGCUGACCCGCAGGUAAGACCACACUAUUGCAAGGUAAUUUUAUGUAGAUUUUUUUGCGCCUAACCCUUGAGUCUUUUCAGAUUUGUUUAUUUUAUCAGGACUUCCAACCGGUCUCUCUAUUCUGUAAUGUACUUCCAUUACUUGGGAUAACAUUGUUCGGGAGGCAGACACACUCUUGCAGUUUAAAUCUAGAUUAAAGACCCAUCUCUUUAACCUGGCUUACACAUAACAUACUAAUACACUUCUAAUAUCCAAAUCCGUUAAAGGAUUUUUA